UUUUAAUUUCUUUUAAUUGUCUAUUUCUAGGUGACGACUUUGACAUGGAUAAACCCAGAAAUAAAGAGAUGAAAGAAAAGUUCACUUCUAAAGGAACAAAGAAGAAGGAAUCGGAUUCUUUGAGCUCAAUGUUCGUUAGUGCUGAGAGCUUUGCACAUAUGCUUGAAGAAAAUGCUGAUGGGAUGAUGAAUCCCAUAACAACCCAAUCAUUAGCAAAUAAGGACCGAGCAAGUAAGUUUCAUUUAUAUGUAUAUUCUGAGGGGGGGAGGCCCUCAUUAGCUUCCCUAGCUAAAGUACUCACACUUCUAAAGCUUAGAGAAUCACACAAGGCCUCUGAGACCCUCUGUCAAGCCAACUAAAGGGCCAGUAUUACA